AUGUCGAAAAAUAGCACAGGCAGCAGAUUCUCAGUCGUAAUCGCUCGAUCCACGGCGGCGUCCAAUUCCUCGCCGUCUUGCUGCACCGUGCAGACGUCGAUCGUCACGGUCACGGGGACGACACGUGGAUCCCUUACUCCCUCAGCCGGAGCUUCGAGCAAAAGAGAACUGGAGCUCGUUCUCGCCGUCAAAGGGGACGUCGACGAAAGUCUCCGAGCACAGGGUGGUCUCGCCGCCGCCGGCGUCUUUUGGUUUGAGGAUGAAAUUGGUCCGAAACUGGAAGUCGAACAGGCAGCGAGCCCGGCACUGCAUACGCCGGUACAAGUCCAUAUUCCUGCCGUCGUCGAUCUGGAUCUGGUGGCGGUAAUCGUACCCCGGCCGCCGUCAAUUUAUAAUUAA